CGAGGCUCCUACAACAUACCCUUGACGCAACAUGUGCUUACUCACCGACGUGUAAUUGCUCUGACGAUUUACUAUGGGCUUUACUGUAAUUCUCAAGUGUCCUCAAGUUUAUAAAGCAAUGAUCCUCACACAAGUUGCCAGACCAAAGAGGGAGUUGCAAAGAGGGGAACCCUCGAAAACUUCAGGAACGAAGGAACAUUGGAUGCAUAGAAGACAAAGGAAACAGAAUGGAACUGAAACCACUGCUGAGAAGAGCGGGCUUGAUUGUCCGUGCCUUCUUCACUUUCCUCUUCGCCCUCUGUGUCCUUGGGGUGAUGGUGUGGGCUUACGUACAGGGUUUCCAGCUGGUGUCGUCCCAGUACGGCAUCAUCUCCUUCGGCUUCUACGGCCUCCUGCUGGGGCUCCAUGUGCUGCUCCAGAGCCUGUUUGCCUACAUGGAGCACCGGCGCAUGAGAGCCCGAAAGGCCGCCUGCACCUUCACCAAGACCGUCGGCCUCACCAUCUCCGCCUACCAGGAGGACCCGGCCUACCUCCGCGAGUGCCUCCACUCCAUCCGGGGUCUCAAUUACCCCCCGGAGCUGCUACGGGUCAUCAUGGUGGUGGACGGAAACUCAGAGGACGACCUGUACAUGCUGGAGAUGUUCCGGGAGGUGUUUGCCGAACAGGACCCUGGCUGCUAUGUGUGGAAGAACAACUACCAUACUUGGGACCCCACCAGAGAAGGGGAUGUGGCCGGAGCGAACGGCCCAGGGGGAGAUGCUGGUUAUGGGAUGGGAGAGGACCCUCAAAGGAGGGAGGUGGAGGACCUGAUCAACAGCAGGAGAUGUGUGUGCAUCAUGCAGAAGUGGGGCGGGAAGAGGGAGGUCAUGUACACAGCAUUCAAGGCCCUGGGAUCCUCGGUAGACUACAUACAGGUGUGUGAUUCCGACACCAAGCUGGAUACUCUGGCCACGCUGGAGCUGUGCAAGGUGCUGGAGAGCGACCCCAGCUACGGUGCGGUGGGAGGAGACGUGAUGAUCCUGAACCUGAAGGAGUCCUACAUCAGCUUCAUGAGCAGCCUCAGGUACUGGAUGGCCUUCAACAUCGAGAGGUCCUGCCAAUCCUUCUUCAACUGCGUCUCCUGCAUCAGCGGGCCCCUGGGACUGUACAGGAAUGACCUACUCCAGCAGUUUCUAGAGUCCUGGUACAAUCAGAUGUUCUUGGGAACUCACUGCACAUUCGGGGAUGACAGGCACCUCACCAACCGAAUGCUCAGUAUGGGCUACGCCACUAAGUACACCGCACGCUCCAAGUGCUACACGGAGACGCCUGCUCAGUUCUUACGCUGGCUCAGCCAGCAGACGCGCUGGACCAAGUCCUACUUUCGGGAAUGGCUCUACAAUGCCAUGUGGUGGCACAAGCACCACCUCUGGAUGACCUACGAAUCCAUCGUCUCGGGCGUCUUCCCCUUCUUCGUCACGGCGACCAUCAUCCAGUUAUUCUGGACGGGCACCUUGUGGGACAUCCUCUGGGUCCUGUGCUGCAUCCAGCUGAUUGGCCUGGUGAAGGCAGCGUACGCCUGCCUGCUGCGACAAGACCUGGUGAUGGUGUUCAUGUCCCUCUACUCCGCCCUCUACAUGAGCAGCCUGCUGCCUGCCAAGUACUUUGCCAUCCUCACUAUGAACAAGAGCAGCUGGGGGACCUCCGGCAGACUCAAGAUGGUGGGGAACUACGUCCCCCUGCUCCCCCUGUCGGUGUGGGCGGCCAUCUUGUUGAGUGGGCUGUCCUUCACCAUCUAUAAGGAGACCCAGAAGGACUGGGACAGUGCAGCAAAGAUCGAGGAAACCAAGUUUCUGAUAUUCGGUUGUGCGGCCUACGUGUGUUACUGGCUCUUCAUGGUCAUCCUCUACUGGGUGUGGUUCCGCAAGGCCUGCCGGAAACGCUCCCAGAGUUACAAUGUCAGUGUGUAGGGGGUUGCGUUCCCUGGAGGGGUGAAACAGACUUGAACGCAUUCACUUGUUAUUUUUGUAACAAUACAAUUGUUAAGUAUUUGUGUGUUUAAUUUAUUUUCUUGCUUGUUUUGUUGGUAUUGUAAUUUAUUGGAGACAUGGCUUUUAUGCAGCUGCUGUAGCAUUCACCGAAAAAUCAGUUCUUGAUUGACAGCUACACCAUCUGUGCAUUAACAGUUUACAGUGUAGUUGUACACUGUGCCAUGUUGCUAUGUGCUGCUGAACCAGGAGUUUUUACAGCUCUGUUAGCACAACUGAAUGAAAAUGAGCUUGAAGCCCACGUACUGUACUUCUCAGGAGAUCACAGAACAGUCUGCACUAGAACUCGGUUGAAUGGAACAAAAUUAUUCAAUUAUGGUGUUUCCUCAUGUAGAUGUGUUUGGAGCCAUUGAUACUGUAGAUUGUAAUGACAAGGACUCUGACUCAGAGACUGCUCAGUGUUCACUGCAAAAUAUGUGUAGUAAAGCACCGUAUGGAAACGUCAUGAUAUUGAAAGAAAUGCUGUGUUUUAACUUUUGCAUCUAAUCGCUGCAUAUGGAUAGAAAGUCCUUGUCUCUAAAAAACGCUCUUUACAAAACAAGCACUGGAAACUGAAUGCUCUCUUCCACCUCCUUGAACCCCCCACUGAGACAAAUGAAGUAUUAACAGUGUCCCCUAUGUGAGGGAACCUUUGCUCAGCAGGAGAGCUGGGUGUGAUGUGUGAGAUGAAGCAUGGAGAUAAUGAUAGAGGAGAGAGAAGCAGCAGAGAGCAGGACCAGUAGGGUGCCGUGGACCCUCAGAUAAGUCUGGAAAUAUGGACUGCUGUUUAAUAAUGUUUACAGUGCCAGCAGAAAGACAAUCCAGACAACCAGAGGUAGAACUGUAUUAUUCAACAUAGUGCAUGUCACAGCCGACAAUUCUUGGGGCAUGUGAAGU